UGCGAGGUGCUAUUGUUUCGUUUCCUGCGACCGUUCGAGUCCACCCGAGUCUGCGCUACUACUCACACACGUAAAUGCACGCCUCUGCACCCGGUAGGCAGCACGGGACCGGUCACUGUACGUCGCCGCUGGCGCGGUUUUAUGUGAAGUGGCACACGGGGAUUUCGGAUCUGUGACCUGCUCAGCACAAGAUUUCUACAUGCGUCUCAAGGCAAGGAGCGCGUUUGCUGCGUCUGACACUGGCAUGUGUUAGAAGAACAAGUUCAACGUUUUGUUAGAUGGAUCUGUUAGGAUAACGGGACAAAAACAACGGGCAAUUUCUAAGAUGUACAACCUGUUGCUUUGUUUCUGGCGGUAGAUUGUCCUGCGCGAGGAGCACUGUGGCAUCACUUGAUGAAGCCUCGGUGCUGUUGACAACUUCAGUGUGGUGCACUGCCAACGAGGAAACGAGAACUGGCCCGAGUGCUGUUGUCGCAGGACAAAGACUUGCCCUUGUAACUCCCAGAAUCCCCUUCUGACUGGGCAGCCAUGACAAGGAGAAAGCGCCUGUGCAUCCAAAGCGUUUGCUGACAGACCUGAAGGUCGGGACUCUUUAAGAGGAGCCUCUGGAGUGCUUUACGAGCAAAAAAAAACCAAAACAACAAAGUCGUCACCAUGGCGAGCUUGGUGUUGAACGAGACAGGGGUGGAGGAGUGUGGCAUUGACGACUCCUUCAAGUACAACCUCUACGGCGUGGUGUACAGUGUGGCCUUCGUGCUGGGCCUGGUGACCAAUUGCGCCUCGCUCUUCGUCUUCUGCUGCCGCAUGAAGUUGCGCAACGAGACCACCCUCUUCAUGACAAACUUAGCACUAUCGGACUUAGUCUUUGUCUUCACGCUGCCUUUCAAGAUCUUCUACAACGUCAACCGACACUGGCCUUUCGGGGACUGGCUUUGCAAGAUCUCCGGCGGGGCCUUCAUCACCAAUAUCUACGGCAGCAUGCUCUUCCUCACCUGCAUCAGCGUGGACCGCUUCUUGGCCAUCGUCUACCCGUUCCGCUCGCGCUCGGUGCGCUCCCGCCGCAACGCCGCCCUGGUCUGCGCGGCCAUCUGGCUGCUCAUCCUUGGCGGCGGCAUGUCCGUGACCUUCUUCUCCGCCACCAACCGGGCCAAGAGCAGCACCACGUGCUUCGAGGGCUUCUCCAAGAGCACGUGGAAGACGUACCUGUCCAAGAUCACUAUCUUCAUUGAGGUGGUGGGCUUCCUCAUCCCGCUCUUCAUCAACCUGGCGUGCUCUUCCAUGGUGCUGCGGACGCUCCGCAAGCCUGCCACGCUGUGCCAGAUAGGCACCAACAAGGAGCGCGUGCUGCGCAUGAUCGUGGUGCAUCUGGCCAUCUUCAUCAUCUGCUUCGUGCCCUACAACUCUGUCCUCUUUGUCUACGCCAUGGUGCGCACCCAGGCGCUGGUCAACUGCUGGCUGACCAGGCUCGCGCGCACCCUCUACCCCAUCACCUUGUGCAUGGCCACCCUCAAUUGCUGCUUUGACCCUGUGGUCUACUACUUCACCUCCGAGUCCUUCCAGAAGUCGUUGACCACAGGGAAGGGCCCGGUGCGGCCUGAGAACGUGCCCCGCAGCGAGGCACCCCUUCCCGGGAAGGAGACAGUGGACACGGAGGGUCUGGAGGCGCACAGGCUGGCCAGCAAUGGGAAAGAGCAGGUGUCUGAGACUCAGUUCUGAUCUAAUCAGAAGAAAAUAGGCUACAGGGAAACUUCAAAAAAAAAAGAAAAAAAAAAAAGAAAACUGGAAACAGAAAGUGUCUGGGGUUUGUAUAAUAUUGUGUUGGAGUUUGGACCCAAUGCUGGUUAAAAAGAAUUGAGAAAUUAAAAGAGAUUAAAGGAGGAUGUGGAAUAGUUGAACAGAACACUGGAUUUAUAAGGAUUCCUUCUGCGGAAAGGCCUAAGUCGAUUGGAUUAUGUUAAGCACCAGGAAACGACUGGAAUUUGUUUGUUCGAUUGGACGUGUUAUGGAGACAUGGAACAAGGAAGGACCCCAUAGAGCCCAUUGCCUUCUCUUUUGUAAACAUUCUUGUCGUCUUGUGACUCAUACACAGUAUUAUUAUCAGGGGUCUGUACAGUGUUGAUAAUAUGUGAAUUGGAAAGCUGACUGUAUAAAUGUGUCCGAUAGUUCUUUUGUGUUAAUUUUUAAAUAAUGCAACUCUGGGUCAAAAGUCUCAUGACGGCUAUUGAAUCGCCUAACAUUCUUCAGGAGACAAAACCUCUCUCUCAUUACCACAAGAGAAGUGGGGCUGUGGUACUGUGCUGUGGCACAGUAUUUGCAUUUUGUCAUUGUAAUCAGUUAUGUUUUCCUCUUAACAGUGUUACUACUGCCAAUAUUACUUUUAGUUUGACGCACAUAGGAAAUGCUUUCUUACCAUUUGAGUGUAAAGCACAGGAAAACAAGAUGGACAAACGCACAUAAAUGCACUGGAUUACAAGUAUAUCAUUUGUGGUGUAUUUUCUAAUGAAGCUUGGUAUAAAAAAAUAUAUUUUUAAUGUAGUUCUGAAAAAAAAACGGUCCUCUUUAUAACAUAAAAAUGGCACUUUUAUAUGUGGAGAUUGUGUUUCAAGUGAAAAGCGUUCUAAUGUAGUAUCAAAUGGGAGCCAAUUAAACCCACACUUAAGAAAAACAAGUGCAUUGUUACAGUGGGUCUGCUUUUUGGUUUUGGUGAGAAUAACUGAGAAAAUCCCUCAUCAGGUAUAGGGCAAAGUCCUGUCCCCUCUGCAACCCCAGUUUCUGCAGAGAGCACUAAAAAAAGACAUAGUGGGCUGAGACUAAAAAUGACACAUCACAGACU